AUGUUCUUUUAUUUUGUUAUUCCAAUACCUAUAUAUCUAUAUCUAUCUAUCUAUCUAUCUAUCUAUCUAUUUUGCUAUCAACAUCUAUCUAUUUCAAUUUAUAUCUAUAUAUCUAUUUCAACUCUGUCUCUCUAUCGAUCCAUUUAUUUCAACUCAUAUCUAUAUAUAUCAACUUGUAUCUAUUUCAACAUAUAUAUAUCUAUAUCUAUAUAUAUAUAUAUCAAUUCAUAUUUAUAUAUCUCAACUCAUAUCUAUUUCAACUCUAUCUAUUUUAACUCAUAUCUUUAUAUCUCAACUUAUAUCUAUUUCAACUCAUAUCAAUCAAUCUAUCUAUCUAUUUCAGCUCAUAUUUAUCUAUCUCAACUCUAUUUCUACUCGUGUCUAUCUAUCUAUCUAUCUAUCUAUCUAUCUAUCUAUUUAUCUAUUUCAACUUAUAUCUUACAUAUUUUCUUUUACACUGUAAUAUCUAUUCAUCAUAACUUCCCAUCGCAUUUUCUCCAUCCCUGCCUGGUUUAUCAAUCGUUCAUAUUUUCCCUUUCUUUCAAUUCAUCCCUCUGUAUUGAAAUCACGUUCUUUUCUCAUCUUCUCCCCUUUUAUCUCUCUCUCUCUCUCUUUCUGACUUUCCAAUGUGUCGAUCUUUCCUCCUCUCUCUCUCUCUCUCUCUCUCUCUCUCUCAAUUUCUAUCUUACUUCUUAUGAUAUCUUCUCUUUUUUCCACUUCUUCUAUUUUUCUAUUUACACAUCUAUGUCUAUGCUUGUGUAUACUCAACAGGAUGCUUCCCUGAUCACUAGACUCUCUCAGGUCAGACUCCUCAUAAUAUUCCUUUCUUACCUCCUCCUCUUACGUUCAUCAACUAGAUCCUUCUCUCCUCCUCUUAUACAUCCUCCUUCCCUGAUCACUUCUAAGUCUCAAGGUCCUUUACGUCCUCAUAAUAUUCCUUUCUUACCUCAACUCCUUAAGUCUCCUCCUCCUCUUACUUCAUAUAACCUCAGUCCGUUAUACAUCCUCAUAAUAUUCCUUUCUUACCUCCUCCUCUUACGUUCAUAUAACCUUCCCUACUCUUCAGUCUCGAAGGGAGCCUUCCUGAUCACUAGACUCUAUCUAGGUCAGCCUACAUAUCCUCAUAAUAUUCCUUUCUUACCUCCUCCUCUUACCUUCUUCUCUUUCUCCCUUAGGCGCUGUCUCCGACCAUCCAUCACAUUCUCUUCGUCCCCAUCUUCCUCCUUCCUUCCUCCCUUCUCUCUCUGGAUUUGCUGUUUAUUAGCUCUCACUCUGCCUCAUUUCUCGCUUUCUCUUCUCUCUCCCUCCAGCACUCUCUAUCCCUCUCUCUUUUCCCCCCUCCCUAUCUGCUUUUCUCUUUUUUCUGUUCAUUGCCUAUUUUAA